AGCCAAUGCCCAGCCCUCCACCUCUCUCUCCUCUCAUUUUUAUUUUUUUCAUAUUUUAUUUUUAUUCUUCAAUCUGGAUCCCAAUCCUCGGACAAUAAUUUCGAAAGGACAUAGACGAACCGCCACCACCUAUUCGAAUAAAAAGACGGCUUAGCUCUUACCAGGCACACGCAAACAUAAACAUACACCUUAUCAAGAACGCGAACAGCAAGGAUCUCUCCUCUCUUCACCAACUGAGACUUAUUAGAUACCAUGUCCGACCCACUAAAGGAAAUCGAUGAUUCUAUUUACAACGAUGACACCACGCUGAACACCACAGGCGGGACAUACGACGCCUACGACCCCUACCAGACCGACAACCAGUGGCUGUACAACGAUACGCAGACGCUGCAGAUCCCGCAGGGUGGCGAGUCGGCGGGGCAAUGCUGCCAACUCUGCUGGCGGAUAUCUAGCAACGACAACGCUGCCAACGGAAAUGACAGCAACAACAACAGCAGCAGCAAUGUGCCUCAGACAGUGUCUCGCAACAAGGACGAGGGCAAGCUGUUUGUUGGUGGUCUGAGCUGGGAGACGGACGAGAACAGGCUGCGCGAGUAUUUCUCCAAGUAUGGAACCAUCAUUGACUGCUCGAUCAUGCGCGACCAGACCACAGGGCGCCCCCGCGGCUUUGGAUUUGUGACCUUUGAGAAUAUCGACGGAGUCAACGCCGUGCUCCAGGAGCCCACCCACACGGUGGACGGCAAGCAGAUUGACCCGAAACAUGCAAUUCCGCGCGACAACCAAGUGUCGCAGGGCCGCAACAACUACUCCGGCGGACAACAGUCUCAUGGAGGAAGUGUUGGAAACUACAACGCCAACAGUGGCGGGGACGGCGGCUAUGGCAACAACAACAGCAACGGCGGCGGCCGCAACUCGUAUGAGGAUCCGACAAAGGAUAUGCGCGGCGAGAAGUUUGGCGUCAUCACGGAGACCAAGCUGAUGAUGGACCGAGAGACCGGCAGAUCGCGCGGCUACGGGUUCCUGCAGUUUGAGACGGAAGAUGCGGCGAUGCAGGCUGUCAAGAUUGGAAACUCGGGUGAUGGCAUCAUGAUCCACGGCAAGCGCGUCGACGUCAAGCCCGCCGUGCGCAAGAAGCCCAGCCCAAUGAUGGGUGGCAUGCCCGGCGCGCAGGGCAACUCGUACGGCAUGAUGGCAGGCAUGCCCGGCUACGGCAUGAUGGGCAUGGGUAUGAUGGGCAUGCCCGGCUACAGCAUGAUGGGCAUGCCUGGGUACGGCAUGAUGGGCGCCGGUGGGGCUGCCAGCGGCAUGGACUACUCAGCGGCGAUGAACUACGGCGGCGGGUACUACGGCCAGAUGAACAUGCCUGGGGCGUACUACGGCGGCGCAGGCGCCGAUGGAUCGGCCAUUGCUGACGGCCAGGGCGAUGGCUCUGGUGGCAAGGGCGGCGACCAGUCGGGCUCCGGAUACUAUGACCAGAAGCAGAGCGGCGGAACGCUUAGACCGCAUGGCCGUGAUUCCGGCGGCCAUCGCUCUUCAUCGCGUCGCUAUGAUGGUGGGGGCGGCAGGGCCAACGAUGGCGGAAACAUGGGUGGGAGAUCGGACAGGGAUCGCCCGCGCGGUGACAACAGCGGCAAUGCUGGUAACAGCGGCAGCCGGACUCGCGAUGACUACCGGGUUUUUUAA